CAAAAGUCAAGAUAAGUUCCCACUUCCCAAAACCUUGUUUCCACGGUUCCACCAACACUUGGGAAUAACAAUUCACAAUUUACAAACCACCACCGCAGCCACCGGAUCGCCGCCGCCGGCCGGAAUUUUUUUCCAACUACAGUAGCUAAUAGCUUUCUCCGGUGACUGAUUCAAGAGUCAAUUAAGAAGUAUUUCACCAAGGUAUCAAAUUCAAGUUCGGGCUAUCAUAGUCAACCAAAUCGGGAAGAAAAUGUGAAUCAUUUAGUAGCACCAUUGCAAUUUUCUCAAGAGUUCGAUUUAAGUUCUUUAGAGGCUGAUCCAGGUGAAAGAACUCAAAUCUUGGACUUUCAUCCAAAUCAUCGUGAUGCUAUUAGAAGAGAUUAUCUUCAGAAAUGUCCUUGUCAACCUCAAUUGAAAGUUUUUCCUCAAACGUUGAUUUAUGGAGAUAUGAGUCAUUUCAAUCGUGAUUGGUAUGUUGAAUUUCCUGAUUGGUUAGAAUAUAGUGUAAGUAAAGAUGCGGCCUAUUGUUUGUAUUGUUAUUUAUUUAAGGGCAAUGACAAUAGUCAAGGUGGAGGUGAUGUAUGGUCUGGUUUGGGGUAUAGGGAUUGGAACAAAAAGGAUAGUUUGACAAAACAUAUUGGUGGGCCGAAUAGCAUCCAUAGUCUAUCAAAAAGAAAAUGUGAAGAUCUAAUGCGGCAACAACAAUCUAUUCAUGCUGCAUUUGAUAAGCAACUUAAUCAAGAUAAGCAUGGAUAUGAGAUCCGCUUAGCAGCUUCAAUUCGUGUAGUGGGACUUCUUGUGAAACAAGGAUUGGCAUUUCGGGGUCAUGAUGAAUCUAAAGCAUCACUUAACAGAGGUGAUUUUCUUGAAAUUUUUUCAUUUUAUGCUCAAGAGUGUGAUAAAAUUCGUAGCUUUGUAUUGGGUAAGGCUCCUCAAAAUGAUCAAAUGACUUGUCCAAUGAUUCAAAAAGAAAUUGUGCUUGCUUGCAAGAUUGAAACAAUUAAGGGUCUCAUAGAGGAAUUAAAUGGUGACUAUUUUUCCUUAUUGGUUGAUGAAUCUUUUGAUGUAUCACGCAAGGAGCAAAUGGCGGUUGUUUUGCGAUAUGUUGAUAGAAGGGGAUUUGUGAUGGAGUGACUUAUUGACAUUGUUCAUGUUAAAAAUACUAGUGCUUUAGCUCUAAAAGGUGCAAUUGUCAAUUUACUUUCUCAACAUUCCUUGAGUCUAUCUUGUGUGCGUGAACAAUGCUAUG